UUUGAUCGAUGUGGUGCAUUCUAUUAGCUAUUUAAAUUUGACGCUACAAAAUAUAACUUUUUAUAUUUCCGGUACUUUGUGUCAUAAGAAUUGAGAUCAUGUUACUUAAAGGAAGGAUAUUAACAUUGAAACCUUUCACCUCACCUACAUCGAUGCGGUUUACUGCCACUGUUAGCAAUCCUAAGACCGCUAUUCUUAUGUUAAAUAUGGGCGGACCACAGCAUACGGAUCAAGUACCUGAGUUCUUGUUACGAAUUAUGACUGAUCGAGAUAUGAUCCAGUUGCCUGUGCAAAGCCGUUUAGGCCCUUGGAUUGCUCAGCGCCGAACACCCGAGGUACAGAAAAAGUAUAAAGAAAUUGGUGGUGGUUCACCUAUUCUUAAAUGGACGGAGUUACAAGGUGAAUUAAUGUGUAAAGAUUUGGAUCGUAUUUCCCCGGAAACCGCGCCGCACAAACAUUACGUGGGGUUUCGCUGUGUUAGCCCACUAACUGAAGAUGCACUGAAGCAAAUUGAAAAGGAAGCCCCCGAAAGAGUAGUAUUGUUUUCCCAAUAUCCGCAAUAUAGUUGUGCAACCUCUGGAUCCAGUUUUAAUUCGAUUUUUUACCACUACCGCCAACAUUCCCUUCCAAAGAAUUUAAAAUUCAGCGUAAUUGACCGUUGGUCGACACAUCCUCUUUUGAUAAAAACAUUCGCUGAACGCAUACGUGAAGAGUUAAAUAAAUUUUGUGAGACAAAACGCAAAGACGUCGUUAUACUCUUCACAGCACAUUCGCUGCCAUUGAAAGUUGUGAAUCGGGGUGAUCCAUAUCCCUCCGAAGUUGGAGCUAGUGUGCAUUUAGUCAUGCAAGAACUAGGGAAAUCGAAUCCUUAUAUAUUGGCCUGGCAAUCGAAAGUGGGGCCCUUUCCCUGGCUUGCGCCAUCUACUCGUGAUACUUUAAAAGGUUAUGUAAAACAAGGACUCAAAAAAUUUAUUUUGGUUCCAAUCGCGUUUGUAAAUGAGCAUAUUGAGACGUUGCAUGAGCUGGACAUCGAAUAUUGUGAUGAAUUGGCUAAAGAGGUGGGUGUUGAGGAAAUAAGACGUGCCGCUGCACCAAACGAUCAUCCACUUUUCAUCAAAGCGUUAAGUUCAAUUGUAGCAGAGCAUUUAAAGGAUGAGAAACCGGUGAACCCUAAAUUUUUGAUGCGCUGUCCAAUGUGUGUUAAUUCACGUUGCAUGGAAAGUAAAAAUUGGUAUAGACAUAUUUGUGCUUAAUCAACGUACAUGCUUAGGUGCAUUUGAAACGAUAUAACAAAUGCAUAUCGGAUUUUUAAGGAGUGUCUCAUUAUUGGUAUAAGGGAAUAUUUAAAUUGUCUUCAAAUACUUAGUUAUUGUUGAUUUUGAAAAGGUUAUAAAAUAUUUUAGAAUGAUGUUACGAAUAUAAACAAAUUGUUUUAAGCAAAGUGGAAACACAUGUAAUUUAAGGCGGCUCUACGCCAGCGUUGCCAAUAUAUGUUCAUUUAUACCAGUUGCUCCAUCCAUUCGCCACUUGCAACCGCUUAGCGAAAAUAAGAGGCCUUUUGUAAAAUAGUGAAUUAUAUCAGUUGUAUGAGGUAUAACCAUACUCGCAUACUCGGUGAACCUUGUUCGAUACAUAUGUUGUUGCUUUCGCAUGCUUAAAAUUACAUGUAUGUAAAAUGUAUUCAUAUAUGUCCACAAAACGAAAUAAAAGUAAAAGGCAAAAAGGAUGUAAAAGGCUUUGGAAAGUU